AUGGAGACUGCGCGUCAGGAGAGGGUAACAAGGAAGGCAAGGUUGACUUCGAAAUCGGGUUUCUCCAUUGACAACAUUCUGAGUGGGACGGUAGACAAAGGCGCGGAUAAACCCGACAUGGGAUCAGUGCAGAGGGCAACAAAUGCAGCAGUAUCCUCGUUUCUCUGCGAAGUGAAUCCACACAUUCAUUUGACUGCGAGUGAGCAGAAGAUUGGUGCCAUGUUCCCCACCGAGUGUUUCCUUUUGCCUUACUUUAUGAAGAACUCGGCUCCGCUUUCAAUUUUUGCGUUUCCGGGAGCCUGCACCUCGGCUGUGCUAAAACGCUGUCGACGACGCAAGGCACGCACUGUUUUCAGUGAUCAGCAGCUCUCGGAAUUAGAACUGCGCUUUCAAAGACAGAGGUAUCUCUCAACACCGGAGAGGAUCGAACUCGCCUCCGUUCUGGGACUGUCGGAAGCCCAGGUCAAGACCUGGUUCCAGAACCGUCGCAUGAAGCAUAAAAAGAUCUGCAAGGUAAAAACCCUCACUUCUCACUACUGUGACAGUGCUUCAGUGGUUCAUUCCUUACUCUCUAAGGAGAGUCCAAAUUCCACUACUCCGGUCUCUGCGGUGGAGGUGGAGGGGCAGGAGGCAGACGAUGUCAAAGAGUCGCAAAGCCCAGGCAAGGUUAUGAAACGCUUCAAUAACCCAUGCUCCUACGUCAGUACCCAACUCGCUCCUUUCCUUUCCCUCCCCGAUGUAUUACAAUAA